UCCGGGAAGCUCGGCAGUUAUUUGACAGGAGCCAGGGAAGCCGCAGAGGACGCGGAGGACCGCCGGGUGCCGGGAGGGCAGCUGGUUGAGUCCGGGCCUCCCGGAGCGCUGGGGAAGAGGACCCCGAGCAGCCCCUCCGCCGGCUCCCCGGCCGCCGUGCCAGCGCGCAGGGCGCGGCCGCUGCUCCGAGCGCCGCCCUCGCCCUCCGGGGCCGAGAGCCCCGCCGGCCCCGCGCCCGGUCACCAUGCUGCUCCCCCGGCUCUGCUGGCUGCCGCUGCUCGCGGGGCUGCUCCCGCAGGCGCCCGCGCAGAAGUUCUCGGCGCUCACGUUUUUGAGAGUCGAUCAAGACAAGGACAAGGACUGCAGCUUGGACUGCGGGGGUCCCACCCAGAAACCCCUCUGCGCCUCGGACGGGAGGACCUUCCUGUCUCGCUGUGAAUUUCAGCGCGCCAAGUGCAAAGACCCCCGGCUAGAGAUUGCUUACCGUGGAAACUGCAAAGACGUGUCCAGGUGCGUGGCCGAGAGGAAGUACACCCAGGAACAAGCCCGGAAGGAGCUGCAGCAGGUGUUCGUCCCCGAGUGCAGCGACGACGGCACCUACAGCCAGGUCCAGUGCCACAGCUACACGGGGUACUGCUGGUGCGUCACACCCAACGGGAGACCCAUCAGCGGCACCGCCGUGGCCCACAAGACGCCCAGGUGUCCCGGUUCCGUAAAUGAAAAGUUACCCCAACGGGAAGGCACAGGAAAAACAGUCUCCUUGCAAAUCUUUUCCGUUCUGAAUUCAGAUGAUGCCUCAGCUCCAGCGUUGGAGACUCAGCCUCAAGGAGAUGAGGAAGAUAUUGCAUCACGAUACCCCACGCUUUGGACUGAACAAGUUAAAAGUCGACAGAACAAAACCAAUAAGAAUUCAGUGUCCUCGUGUGACCAGGAGCAGCAGUCAGCCCUGGAGGAGGCCAGACAGCCCAAGAACGACAACGUGGUCAUCCCCGAGUGCGCCCACGGCGGCCUCUACAAGCCGGUGCAGUGCCACCCCUCCACGGGCUACUGCUGGUGCGUCCUGGUGGACACCGGCCGCCCCAUCCCGGGCACAUCCACCAGGUACGAGCAGCCGAAAUGUGACAACACGGCCAGGGCUCAUCCGACCAAAACAAGGGAUUUGUACAGAGGCCGCCAGCUGCAGGGCUGUCCUGGUGCCAAAAAGAACGAGUUUCUGACGAGCGUGCUGGACGCGCUGUCCACAGACAUGGUCCAUGCCGUCUCCGACCCCUCCUCCCCGGGCAGGCUCUCGGAACCUGACCCCAGCCACACGCUGGAGGAGAGAGUGGUCCACUGGUAUUUCAAACUGCUGGAUAAAAACUCCAGUGGGGACAUCGGCAAAAAGGAAAUCAAACCCUUCAAGAGAUUCCUUCGGAAGAAGUCCAAACCCAAAAAAUGCGUGAAGAAGUUUGUUGAAUACUGUGAUGUGAAUAACGACAAGUCCAUUUCCCUGCAAGAGUUGAUGGGCUGCCUGGGCGUGACCAGAGAAGAAGGUGAAACUAACACGAGGAAACGGCACACCCCUAGAGGUAAUGCUGAAAGCACUUCUAAUAGGCAGCCAAGGAAGCAAGGAUAAACGACUGACACAUCCAUGGCGGGUCCUAGACACGUGGCCGACUCCCUCACCAAAAAGCAAUUAAAAAACCCAAAACAAACACAUAGUAUAUUGCACUUUGUACUUUAACUGUAAAUUCACUUUGUAGAAAUGAGAUAUUUAAACAGAUGGCUUUAAUCUGUGAAAACGGAAAGGCUGGCUUCGGAAAAGUAAUCACAUACAAUGUAUGUGUCCUUCUUUGACCUUCAAAAUCUGUAGUUGGUGGAGAUGUAUUUUGAGUGGAUUUAAGCUUAAUUUCUUCCUUCCACGCAUGUUAACCUGGCAGCAGCCUUGGCCUAAGGUGCUCUGGCUCCAGGCCUGUAUCUCCUCACCAGGGCCGUUACUAACAGCCUCGCCAGGGUGGCGUCGUUGGAAAUCGACUGCCCUGGCAGCGUCGCUGAGUCCAUGUUGGAAGCUUCAUGGCGCCGUGGAAGUUUGUAACCAACGGCUGUCUUCGUCAUGCAGUUAAUGAGUGCACGGGUCUUCUUGUUUCUUGGGAUCUCGUGUUAGCUUGUUGGUUUUCCUUCCAGAGUUCUCGCUCACGCAAUGAGUUACCCAACCACUGAAGCCCUCUUUACAGGUAGUGCCCUGGUAGAAAAGAACGUUUUUCAAACCCUUUUGGAUGUGCCUGCUUUUUCCAUUGCAAGCUUCUGUUUGAGUUCUGCCUUGGGCUCAGAGCAUUCAUGCAGCAAAUGCUAGAGAAUUCUUUCUGCCUUUCUGAGGCAGCGUGAAGGGGUCCAGCGUUCAGAAAAGUAAAUUUCGUCAUGACCUGACCAAGCCGGCUAAACACGCUUGUCAGCCUGCUUUUUCUCUUACACCUGGCCCCUACCCACCCGACCGUGGCCCACCCAGGGGCCCCCCGGAAGGUAAAACUGUCCCCUGAACAAAUUAUGAAGAGUCCCCUUAAAGAAGGCGCAGCCAGGCGAAGCAGUGCCUGGGUCUUGACCUCGGCAGCCGGAGACAAAGGCCUGUGGGUCCCCCACCUUCCCUUCUUUCCUGGAGGCCUCAAGGGUUUGCCGAUGGGAAAUUCAUCCAAAUGGGACUCGAGAGGGGCACGUGAGGAGCUGAAUGCCCCCCUGUGAGCAGCAGAGCGGGCCCUCGGGGCAGCCGGCUCCCCGUCUCAGAGCUGGACCCCGGCUUCUGCAAAGGUGCCCGUGGGCUCCAUGAAGCAUUUAGGGGACAGGCCCGGAGCUGGGGUGACACGCUGUGACGCUGUCUCGGCUCUAGCUUUUGGUUUGGGAAAAAAGUCUUCACGGCCCCAGACCCCCCAACACAUGUCAAACGAUCUUGAAUUUGCAUGAAGACGUUUCAAGAGGCGUCUCAUUUAAACCGUGCGAAAGUCAAAACGGAAACUUUGGAAACACAAACCCAGCUCCAGUGUGUAUCACCAUUGUUUAAGAAACAGUUAGGAUCCUAAAUUUAUUGGAUGAUCUUUUAUAUUUCUGAACUUUGAAUUUAAUCCUUUUUCUUAGAUUCAAAUAAAAUAUGCUAUCAAAACCGUA